ACUUCCGCUUUUUGGAGUUUCGUUGCUAGGCGACGGACGCGGUGCUUCAUGGUCCGCGCGGUGCGUGCUGGGAAAGAAGGAGGAAGGAGAAGCGUGAGCAUGGAUUCCAGGGAGCUCUUCCGGAGGCUGGGGACCGGCGCCAAGUUCGACGUGAGGCGCUUCAGGAGCGACGCCCAGCGCUUCAAGGUGAUCAGAACGAAGGACAAGGAAGCCGGAGCAGCGGAGAUUCUGGAAGAGCUUGAUUUUUUCGCUCGCAAAAGGCCAACCGGUUCUCUGGGCGGCGAUGGAGGAGGAAGAAACGCGUCUGAAGGCGAAGCUAUCAAAUCCGUAACCGCAAAGAAAACAGGGGCAGGACAGAAGAGAAAAGAGGAAGAGCAAGCGACUGAAGGAAGGAAGAAAAAGAAGAAAGAAACGGCUCCGGUGAUUUCCGCCGCUGAAAACGAUGGGAUUUUGUGGAUGUCCGCUCUGGAAGCGAAGCUCGGCGUCCCCAAAAAGAAGGAGGAGAAGCUGCUCUCCGCAGAGAAGCUGAGGCAAGCCAGUCAGCAAAAGAUGAAUCAUUUCAGGAACAAGCACAAGAUCUACAUCCAGGGAACGGAUCUUCCGGAUCCCAUUGCGACGUUCGAGCAGCUCGGAGAAGAAUACGAAAUCCACCCAAAGGUCAUGCGCAAUAUUGAAGCGGCCGGAUUCCAGACCCCGACACCAAUUCAGAUGCAAGCGAUCCCCGUCAUGCUCCACGGCCGCGAACUUUUGGCUUGCGCCCCGACCGGCUCAGGGAAGACGCUGGCUUUUAGCGUUCCUAUUUUGGCGCACUUGAAACAACCAAGGAAUAAAGGGUUCCGGGCGCUCAUCAUCUCGCCCACGCGGGAACUGGCCAGCCAGACACACAGAGAGCUGGUCAAGUUGUCAGAAGGCACCGGGUUCAGGAUACACAUGAUCCACAAAGCUGCUGCAGCUGCAAAGAAAUUCGGACGGAAGUCGGCUCAAAAAUUCGAUAUUCUGGUGACGACUCCAAACAGACUUAUCUAUCUUCUGAAGCAAGAACCUCCGGCGGUUGAUUUGAGCAGGGUCGAGUGGCUGGUGGUCGACGAAUCGGACAAGCUGUUUGAAGAUGGGAAGACGGGAUUUCGGGACCAGCUGGCCACCAUCUUCUUAGCAUGCACUUCCCACGUGGUCAAGCGAGCCAUGUUCAGCGCCACGUUUGCACAUGACGUAGAGCAGUGGUGCAAACUCAAUCUCGACAAUCUCGUCUCUAUUUCUAUUGGAGCAAGAAAUGCUGCGGCUGAGACAGUGGACCAAGAGCUCUUGUUUGUUGGAUCGGAGACAGGAAAACUGUUAGCCAUGAGAGACUUAGUGAAGAAGGGCUUCACACCUCCUGUUUUGGUUUUCGUACAGUCCAUUGAACGGGCCAAAGAGCUGUUCCACGAGCUCAUUUACGAAGGCAUCAACGUGGACGUCAUUCAUGCGGACAGGACCCAACAACAGAGAGACGGUGUCGUCCACAGUUUCAGAGCGGGAAAGAUUUGGGUCCUCAUCUGCACCGCUUUGCUGGCGAGAGGGAUCGACUUCAAAGGAGUGAACAUGGUUAUCAAUUUUGACUUUCCAAGUAGCGCUGUGGAAUAUAUCCACCGGAUCGGUCGCACAGGGAGAGCAGGACACUCCGGAAAAGCAAUUACUUUCUUCACCGAAGAUGACAAGCCAUUACUGCGAAGCAUCGCGAGCGUCAUCCAGAGAGCUGGCUGCCCCGUCCCUGACUAUAUACAACAUUUCCGGAAGCUGCAAAGCAAGCAAAAGAAGAAGCUGAUCAAGAAACCGUUGGAAAGGGAACACAUUCUGACCUCACCAGAGUACUUAAAGAGGAAAGCCAAGGCAAAACAGCUGGCAACCCAGAAGAAGCUAAAGAAGAACUCGAAGAACGCCAGAAACAGCGCCUCUCAGGCACGGAUUGUUCCGGAAAAGUAAUUUCCGCCGCCUUGAACGAUCUGUCACAGAAUAAAGACAUUAUACUUGU